AUGGUCCAGAUUAGUCAACUGUUGUUAACUGACAAUUUCAGUGGGAAACAGUGCAGGCCCCCUGUUUCUCAGUUAGGGGUCUGUGAGUUGGCUGGGGUUGAGCUGGGCUUGGCUGAUCUUGGUUCCAGGUUGCUUUUUCUCUCAGGACUCAUGGGCUACCACAUCAUGCUUCUCUCAUGGUCAUGCCAAGAGCACAGUAGGACAAGCCCAAAUACACAAACACAUUUCAAGCCUCUGCUUUGGUCACUUCCACUAACAUCUGCUUGGCCAGUACAAGUGGAUGGCCAAACCCAAAGUUAA